CAAGCUGCCCCGCUCCCAGCACUGCUUGAUUCGUCGCGGGAGAAACCUGUGCACUCCUCCAGUCCUGAAACAGCGAUCACCUGGGACAAAAACGAUGAUUCCACCAGGAGAGUGUAUGUAUGCUGGGAGGAAAAGAAGAAAACCUAUUCAGAAACAAAGACCAGCUGUGGGGAAUGAAAAAUCCAAUCCUUCUAAAAGGCACCGAGAUCGUUUGAAUGCAGAGCUUGAUCAUCUUGCCAGUCUGUUGCCUUUUCCACCUGACAUCAUUUCCAAGCUGGACAAGCUUUCAGUCUUACGCCUCAGUGUCAGCUAUCUCAGGGUGAAAAGCUUCUUUCAAGCUAUUCAGGAGCAACACUUUAGGACCCAUGGUGACCACCCAGUGAAAGAAGAUCACCUCCCCACUGGAAUUGCCAUGCCAGAAGGGGGACUCUUGCUAGAAUCUCUUAAUGGAUUUGCUCUGGUGGUGAGUGCAGAAGGCAUGAUAUUUUAUGCAUCAUCAACGAUUGUGGACUACUUGGGCUUUCAUCAGACUGAUGUAAUGCACCAAAACAUAUAUGAUUAUAUUCAUGUGGACGACCGCCAAGAUUUCUGCAGACAGCUUCACUGGGCCAUGAAUCCUCCCCAGAUGGUGUUUGGGCAGCCAUUACAGUCAGAAACAGGAGAAGAAUACAUACUUGAUAAGCUGCUUAAAGCACAAGAAUGUGACAGCAUGUCAACAGAAUACUCUUCCUUCCUAACCCGUUGUUUCAUCUGUCGAGUUCGCUGCCUGCUGGAUAGCACUUCUGGUUUUCUGACAAUGCAGUUUCAAGGAAAGCUCAAGUUUCUGUUUGGACAAAAGAAAAAGACCCCUUCAGGAACACUCUUACCUCCACAGCUUUCGUUAUUUUGUGUGGUGGUACCAAUCCUCCUCCCAUCUGUGACAGAAAUGAAAAUGAAAAAUGUGCUUCUGAGAGCCAAGCAGAAAGCUGAUGUGGCAGCCUCUACAGAUGCCAAAGCAAAAACUACUGCAGGUCUAUGUGAGUCUGAACCACAAGGAAGAACACAUUACCAAGGAGUAAAGAAUAAUGGGGAAAAUGGUGUUUCUAUGUUCAAAGUACAAGCAAAUGAUGAUCAUUGGGUCUGGGUACAAGCCAACGCUCAACUCCUCUACAGGAGUAGUUGUUCUGACUAUCUCCUAAACUCACAGACAAUGGCAAGCAAUAGGGAAGAGGAAGAACAUUUGAAAAUGUCAAGCAGUACAACCAAUGGGAAAGGACGAAGAGAAGCACUAAUGUAUAAUUGUUCCAUUGAAACACUGGGACCCAUGAAGCAUUUGAAUUGGACAGCAGAAAAGCAUGAUCAGGAUGGGAUAAAACUGAAGUUUGAACCAAAUAAAACCGACAAAUGUUUUUUACAAGAGGAGACCCUAAGUUCUUGCAUGCCCUAUCCAAGUGUCCAAAACACAUGUAAUACAAACAAUAUUUCUACCUUCAGAAGUUCAUCCAAUUCUCAAGCUAUGAAUUCACCUCUAAGUGCCUACCCCAACCGAAUAAUCAGACCUUUCUAUAAUGGAGAUCAGAGUCAUUUAAAUCCUCCAUCCGGUUGCCAUCCCCAUCAAGGUGGGAUUGAGAAUUGUCAGACUUGCCCAGGCUUUCAACAUCUUGCUGUGGGAAGCUAUUCUUCAGAAAAUGUUAAAUUGCAAAGUUCAUUGCUACCCCCAGAAACUCUGUACAAUCAAAUGUUACCUUUAGAUAUACCCAUCAAAAUGGAAAAUGAUUCUGAUUCUGAUAAUGGAAUUGAUGGCUACCCCAUGUCACAAAACCAGAUGUGGCUAGGGGAGAGCAGUAUGGUCAAGAGACAUCUUAUUAGCUUUCCCAACAGGGUGCACUUUAAAACAGAACCAGAUUUCACGGAGCACUUGUCUUCUUGUGAAAAUCCCAAGCAUUAUGGUUAUUCCCCUCACCAUGGACAGUGUGUUGUGAGCACUCAUCCCAACAACAGAGCCAUUGGUAGAUCUGGUAAAGAGAUCACACCAUUUUACUCACCAAACUGUGCCUAUCUGGACCGCAUGCAUGGCCUACAAGACACAGAAUAUUACAACCACUUGUAUAGUUCCAGUUCCACAAAUAUGAAGGGACAUCCUGAGCAUCAGCCUUAUAAGCUACAGUGUGAUUUUAAAGCUCCUGGAAUGGUCCAGAUGAUCAAGCGUGAACCUUUGGAUUCUCCUCCAUGGACUGGUCAUGGCCAAAGUGGUGUUCAAGUGAUUUUUCCUAAAAAUGCCUUAUCAACCCUGAUGCCUCAUAAAGCUACAGAAUGCACGUUUUUACAAUAGUCUCAUAGCCAUUUCUAAUGUUUUUAAAAAGCUGUGCCUAUUUUUUUUCAAAGUGGUGUCCGACAUUUUCAAAUGUAUUCCCUCCAACUCAUGGGUUGGCUUGAAUUGUUUGUUCUGAGUUUGGAGGCCUGCCAAAGAGUGAAUUUCCCUUGUAUGAUACACUUAGAUUGUCAGAAUAUGUUUGAAGCCUUUUUUUCAAUAUGGUCUUCUUUGCAGUGUUGCACGAUUUCAGCUCUGUUUGAUAUCAGAACGCCCGGUAUUAAGAAUGCUUAAAUCUGUGUGGUUUUAAGUACAAAACAUAUUCAAAUAUAUCUGUAUUUUAUUUGAAGUAUUAGAACUAGUGCUAAAAAGAUUGAGAGCUGGAUCUCUUCUGAAAACACACACCAAAGCCAGUUCUUAUUUAUCUCUAAUAAUUGGACCAUGGUAACAUGGAAAACUGAAUUCUUUUAGGCACUAGAUUCAAACUCUUCCCAGAGCAACCUUUUCCUAAUAACAUUUCUUUGGAUUCACCAAUUCUGCUUCCUUUUUGUUUGUUUUUUCCUAGCCAUCCCCUGGCAGUAAUACCAAAUUAGCACCAAGAAAAGGUGGGCAGAAAGAGAAAGAAAAGAAUCAGAAAGAUGGGACUAACUGGGUAGUAAGAUGCUGAAGUCCAGUUUAGUAUAUUUAAAAAUAACUUUGAGCUCUAUUCUUGGAAGUGAUUUGUGAUUUGUAGAAGGAUCAGCAUCAGGUAAAAAAGUGUUAAUGAGUCAUAACAUUACCUUGCUGUUUAAUACACAGACACCACCAUCUGGAUGAUUGUUGAAAGCAUAUGUGGAAUGCUACUAAAGUAAGACAGCCAAGACUAAAUGUUGCUUCAAGAAAUCUAUCAAGGACUUUUAGUGGAUAGAUUUAAAGGGCUAUGGGAAAAAAUGAGGUGCUUUUGUUCUUAUUAAUAAUAAAGUUUGAGAGGAAUUAUAUAGAUAUAUGGAAUUUUAUUGUAUACCAGUAGAAUCUAUUACAGAAUAUUAAAAAUAUGGUCAGGCAGCACAGCAAAAUGGAUAAAGAACUGGUCUUAGAGGCAGUAAGACCUAAGUUCAAGACCUACCCCUGCCAAUAUAACUCUAAACUAAACAUUUAAAUCUUUGUGUUCCCCCAGGAAACUCCCUAAGAGUGUAAGUUUCAAAUAAAUUGUGGAUUUGCAUCAAUGCAAAGAAUUUCUUAAUUGAAUGAAAUAACUACAGGUCUAGACAGCACCCCAAGUAUUGUUGCAUCUAUCUAUUGCCUAAUACUUUAGGAUUCCAGUACUAAUCCAAAGAAGAACCAUUAGAAAUGGGUAAUGAAAUCUAUGGGUUAGUAUGCUGAUUUGUCAAUACUAAAAGAUUCAGAAUCAAGGUCCAGAGUGCAUGCUAACAAUACCUGCCACUCAGUAGUUCAGGAUAGGUAAGUUUAGUAUGUGAAGAACAAAGAUAAAAAAUAUUUGGCAUGAAAGGAAAAGCAAAUAUAUAUACACGUAUAUAUAUACAUAUGAUGUGUUCAUGUCUUCAUUUAAAAAGUAUUAUUAAUCAUAGGAUCAUGAAACUAGAUGUUCUAGAAUCUUUUAUUUCUCUUGGUCACUCUUCUAUUAGGGUCUGAAUUCCUUACCUUUAUAUAGUUGUGACAUCCUAUUUUUGAGCCUGCAGCAUUUCCCCUUCAUAAAAAUAUAGAGCAUGUGGCAUUUUUAUGAUUAAUUUUAUUUUGACAUUUGCAUAACACCCUUUGGGAUAACUGGAGCUGGAGCAAGUUUCAAAAUCAGGGCAGGGGCAGGGGAAUUAUUGCUCUAGAAUACCAGUUAAAUCCAAAUCAGCUUCUAUCUAUAUUUUUAUUCCCACAGAUUAUUUUAGAACUUGACUACCAUUUUAGAAUUGAAGAUAUUUAUCUGAAUAUGUCUUUUAACAUCAUUUUUAAAAAUUGCCCUCUGCCUCUUCUUAGUUUUGAUGAAUCAAUCCCACAGGCUAAUUUCAUGAGCUUUUCUGGUAUAGUAGCCUCUGUUGGGCCAAACUUAGAUCCACCCCAGCAUCCUCCUAUUUUCAAAUCAUGAAAUCAGACUUUUGAAUUUGAAAAGGCCUUAAUAAACAUAUAACCCUAUCCAGAUUUUAACAUAGGUUCUAUGAGUCCAAAUCUAAUACAUUUUUCACUAUCACAAUUCUCUUUUUACACUGCAAUUUUUCCUUCACUAUUAAACUUCACCCAGGGAGGCAGCAAUGACAAAGAGUUUCUUUUCCCUGUUACUUGUAUUUACAAUGGGCUUUUCCCACAUCUUCACUGAAGUCAAAUUGUAGUCUCUAUUCUCCUUGUUUACUAAAGAUCUUUUAGCCAGUCUUCCUAUCACCAACCUUCAUGGUUUUGGUGAUUCAAGUCCCCUAAAUGCCAACCUUAUGAUAAAGUAUAGCAGGCAGAAUAAUUUGAGUGUGCAUUGAGGAGAAACUCUCUACCAUAAAUUUCUCCUACAGCAGCUUGAGUUAAUAGUACUUGUAGCUCAGUCCUUUAUUAAAG